GACCUUGAUGUCGUGGGAAGAAGGUUUAUCACUCAUUUAGGGAGGAGUUUUAAUGGUGAGCCACAACAAUCUGGAAGCGUGAGCAAGCUCUGGGUUGUGACAGAAGGAAAACUAUCGCCAUUUCACGGCUCACUACAUGUAGCGUGAACAUAGUGAUUCAGGGUUUUUAGGUCCUAUGCCAAGCGCCUCGCUGGAGCACAGGAUAAAAUUUUUCUGGAUCGUGACCAUGUUGGUUCAGCACCCAUCCUCUCUUGCAAGCUCUUCAUCCUCAAGUGGCCCAAAAUUCGACUUCCUUUCCAUUUUAGAUACUUUUCACACAAGUAAUGCUCAGAAAAAUCAAAGCAACUUGGUUCUACCCUAAUUCAAACAGCGCCAUGGGCAACGUCACUACACUCUCGGCUGCGAAGAAUCCAGAGGUGCGUGAGAUCGAGGACGUUUGGGCGAGGUGGGGAAAUCCAGGCAAGAUUGAUAGGAUUUUAAAGUGCAAUGGUGGAGAUCUUGACGAGGAUUUCGCAUCGCUCGCUCGCACGGCUCUGUGGCACGGUACGCACAUCAAUAAUCUGAAGGCAAUAGUGGAAAAUGGUCUUGAGAUCCCGACAAAUUCGAACGCUUUUGACACGUACGGGUACGCUGUCUACUUGACCGAUUACGUCGGGAAGGCAUUGUCCUAUGCUACAGCAGGAGCAAAUGGGUUGCGCGUUGUUCUUCUCUGCGAGGUGGCCCUGGGGAGCAUUUUUGAGACACAAGCUGAAACACUGCCUUCGCUGCGAGCGGCCCCUUCUGGCAAAGAUUCACUCGUGUUUGGCAAGAAGAGGGGGAUUACUUUCUUGCCAGUGGCGCAUCUGCAAGUUCCAGUGGAGUUCACACGAGGCCAGGAGAGAAUUUUCGCCGUCUAUGACCCCCGGAGGGUGAAAGUGAGGUAUGCGAUUAUAUUUUCUUGAUCAUAAAAGAUGGAGAUGUAAGAAAUCCUUCGAGGAAUGGAGAACGAGCUCCUUCCUCGCCUCCUUGCCCCAGCGAGUGUGUGACAUCCUGGGAGAGGAGUUCAAAAUUUUCCUGGAUCCUCAACCUAGCUUCUUAAAAACAAUCUCGCUCGGGAUGAUGGACCAAGUCUCUGGGAAUCGCUGGCGAGGCUGCUUGCAAGAAUGAAAACUAUCGUAUCUACCAAGAGAUUUACAACCUGGGCCUGGCAGCCAGGAGGGAAGUGACCAGCUUUGAGGUUGCCACGCUUGUGAGCAGUAGAAAUCUAUCCUCAGCUGAAACGCUCACUGUGAUCUUGAAAUGCCUGAAAUGAUCCCGCAAAACCCCUGAAAAAGAAAUAAAUGAUCUUAUCUU